GCUUGGGCUGGCUUGGGACGGGGGUGCCGCUGCUCCGCUUCCCUAAGCCGAGUUUCUGGCCUGCCUCUCCGGUGCCGUGUGCUUGCGCGCUCUCAGGGUCGCCCCGCGGCGCCUGCACUAACUGCGGCCAAAGGCCUGGUUUGGCGCGCACUGACGGGAGGGGCCUUGGGCUUCCCGCUCGCGCGACGCGCGCCCCUACAGGCAUGCGCCUUAGCGUGGUCUCCGCAGUCUAGGGGCGGAGCCAGAGGCGAGCCUAACCGAGAUGCCUUCCUCGCUUUCCUUCUCUUCAGGCCUGCUCUACGUGCAGCUUGGAAGGAGGGUGCGAGCCCCGCUGCCCACAAGGACCCCCCGGCCAGGACCUGCAGUGGCUGCUCUUGAGCUGCGCACUGCCCUCGGUCCCCUCCGCGGUCAAGCUGGAGGUAGAGCUGUCGCCGAAGCUACCCGGGGCCCUGCCUGAGCUGUACGUCCCCGCCAAGAUCUCCUUCCACAAGAUGCUAUACGAGAGCGCGCUGCCGGACAGCUGCUGCCAGACCUGGGUCACCAUCGGCCUGCUGAGGGCCCCCCACUCCCAAGCCUUGCCCAUCAUCCUGGGAAGCAGCGGGGGCGGACUUCUGCUCUUGGCUGGGAUCGUUGCUCUUCUUUGGAAGUGUGGCUUUUUCAAGAGGAAAUACCAGGCCGUCAACUUGGACAACAGGAGGAAAUCCCAGAACUCUGAAAGGCUGCUCCAAGCGGAGAACUAGGCCCCUGCCGCACGCCUCCCCGCCUCAGCAGAUCCUGGAAAUGCCUCACACUCCGAGCUUCUGUUUGUUUGCUUGAUGAUGUCCGUAAGAUGGAACCUCCCAUCAAAUACCUGGGCUUCGGCCCGCCCAGCAAGGACCCGAACACGAUUACAAAAUACUUUUCAUACAAAUAAAGUUACAUCCAAAAAUA